AUGGACAGCUCCCGUGAUUACGAAAUGAACAGGUCAGACGCGAUAGGUAAACCCGGACAUUUAUUUAAUGGUCCGUACUCUGCGCUAUGGACAAUCAUUAUCUGUUUUCUUAUUGCUUUGCUGGUCGUCGUCACGGUGUUCGGAAACGCUCUGGUCAUGCUAGCAUUCGUGGUGGACACAAGUCUUCGGACCCAGAACAAUUUUUUCCUGCUAAAUCUCGCAAUUUCUGAUUUUUUGGUUGGAGCAUUUUGCAUGCCUCUCUAUGUCCCCUAUGUGCUGACUGGUAAAUGGAUCUUUGGCAAGACCCUCUGUAAACUAUGGCUGGUCAUGGAUUACCUGCUCUGCACUUCUUCAGUGUUCAACAUUGUGCUGAUCAGCUACGACCGAUUUCUGUCAGUCACCCGGGCAGUUGCAUACAGAGCCCAGCAAAGAAAAACUUUACAAGCUGUUUCCAAGAUGGUUCUGGUUUGGGUCCUGGCUUUCCUAUUAUAUGGACCUGCUAUCAUGGCAUGGGAGCACAUUGCCGGCCACAGCAUUGUUGAAAAGGAGGAGUGCUAUGCUGAAUUCUACUACAACUGGUACUUUCUGAUUACAGCGUCCACUGUGGAGUUCUUCACCCCCUUCAUCAGUGUGACCUUCUUCAAUGUGAGCAUAUACCUGAACAUCCGCCAGCGGUCCCAGUCUCGAAAUGCAUUGAAUAAGGAGACACGGGAGGUCGAGCCCAAAGGAAGCGGUCUGGAUCCACUCUCUGAACUCAGCACACAAGACAAGGAGCUGAGCCAAAGCAAGAACAUGACAUUGGUGCCAAUGGGUCCAUGCCUGGAGCUGGAGGGCAAAGCUGAGAAAACAGGCUUGUUGAAUCCCGGAGACCUGCCACCCAAAGAGAAAGGUCCCGAGAAAAGUAAAGGUGGUGAGUUCUCCCAGAGACUGCCCUCGAUGAGCAAAAGGACAAGUGCCAUUUCACAGACCACUGCCCAACGCUUCAGGCUACUAAGGGACAAGAAGGUGGCCAAAUCUCUGGCCGUCAUUGUUUGCACAUUUGGGGUCUGCUGGGCCCCAUACACCUUGCUGAUGAUCAUUCGGGCUGCCUGCAAUGACAGCUGCAUCUCCAGGUAUUGGUACGAGGUGUCCUUCUGGCUGCUUUGGAUCAACUCAGCCAUCAACCCUGUCCUGUACCCGCUGUGCCACUACAGUUUCAGGAAGGCUUUCAUGAAGCUUCUGUGCCCGAAGAAGUUUAAAAAGAAGGCUAGUUUACGAAGUACAUAACUGCGAAUGGCUCAUCCAAAAAGGGUUCUUCAUUACACAAUUGUGCCGUAGUUCCUCUUUUAAUCAUACAGGACAGAGCCCUUUACGUUUUGCAGGAAGAUGUGACCCAAGCAGUGAAUACUAUAACAUUAUUUCUGUAUGAAAGGGAAAGAAUAUCUUACACAUUCAAUAUGAAAUGUCAGUUAACCUCUACAGAUACAUGUUUGUUAAUGUUUAGCAGGAUAGAAAUUAUCAUGUUUUUGAUCAAGCUCCAAAAUGUAAUCGAGAACUAUGGGAUGCAGUACAGCCUGCAGUUCAGAAGUUGGGGUAGUGGACUGAAUUCUACAUUGGGACAUUGAGAAUGCACAAUGAACAAUGCAAUACUUGGAAGGCCAGUGCACCAUCAUUGUCUGCACAUUAAUGUUUUACCAUUGGAUCGAGAUAAUGCCAGGGCCCAGGCUGUACUGCUGUUUGUGACAUGGUUGUCAUCUGUGCUUUCAUUUUAAUCUACAUUGUGUUUAGAUGAACACAACAGUGUGCAAAUUAAUGAUGUCAUCUCCUAGAGUUUUUAUAAAUAAAAGAAAUGUGCCAUUUUGUUUUACUGUACCUUCUCCCACCUCUAUCUCUUUCAAACUAUAAACUUACUGUAUCUUAUUUCACUGCCAGAGACAGACAGGGAAACAUUUACUGUGUUAAACACGACAUGAGUUAGUAUGUUGAUGCAGUUAAAAAUGAGACAGCUUCAGAUUUAUGUAGGCUACAGACCCAGUGAGCUGUAGCAUAAACAGCUUAUAUUCAGAAUGGGAUGGAUCUGUGUCAUGAUUUCAACCAUACCUCUACGUACCUAACAUUGUUAUGAAUUUCAUUCCUCAUAUACAGAACCUGGCUUUAGUUUCCAGCUUAACAUAGUAAUACCUUCAGUGUUGGGCAACAAGACAAUCCAGCAAGAGAACAUACACAAGGUCAGGGGAUGAAUACUAAUCAUGUCCUUUCUAGAGGUCUGAUGGGACAGAUGUUAUUCAACACAAUAGGUGGUAGAGGGUUCAGGCACACUGUUUUUUUUUUUUGCCUCAGCUGUGAAAUUUGUAUUUGUGUACAUGUCUCCCACAGUUGAUUAUCAAAAGGAUUUCUCAGACAUAUACCUGGUAUAUGCUAGGAACCACCCCAUGCUAAAUACAGUCUUUAUAGUUAUUACUGAACUUUUAACCCAUUUCAGUAUUGAACAGGGACAGCAAGUAGACUAAA